UUAAAUAGACGACAACCGAAUAGAACUGAUUAGAAUAAGAAUUUAGGUAAUCCAAAGCUUUCACCGACUGUUGCCCUUCCACGUUGUUCUUGAUAUUUCUGCACGUGUAACCAAACAAGUGCUGCUUCCUUCUUCACUUUCUUAUCACGAGUAGCCAUUUUUCAUCACUUUAAGAGCAAAGAAAAGGUCCUAGAGAACAAAGUUUCCAGCUUUCUUAGUUUCAGAAUCACAACCAUGUCUACCGUCACACCACGAUCUUCAUCGCCUGCAUUAGAUACUUUCAGAGAUAUAAUCCUAUGGAGGAGAAAGAAGGUGAGCGCAACACUUCUUCUCGUUUCAACAGCGACAUGGGUAUUCGAAGUUUAUCAGUUCAACUUCAUCACUGUCGUUUCAUGGCUGACCAUCUUCAUCCUCGCUUCGGUUUUCCUUUGGGGAAACAUUCUGAGCUUCUCGGCAAAGAACCACCAAAGUGUCCAAUUUGGAGUUAUCGGAACAGACAACCGUGGAGAUUACAAACAUCUCGAACGGUUAUGGAAGAUGUUUUGAGAUGGAUGUUUCGUGUGACUGUUGAAGAGAACUGGUUUGUUUUUGCAAGAACACUGGCUGGGCUUCUGUUGCUUUCAUAUGUUGGAACCUUCUUUGAUUUCCUCACACUCGUUUACAUUGGUAUAACGGUGUUGAUGACGGUGCCUCUGAUAUAUAUGAAGUAUGGGGACCACAUAAAGAGACAUGGAGAAAGGGUGAAGGGUCGAAUGAGAAGAUUUUGAGAUGUUUGAUGAGAAAGUGUCGAAAGAUACCGAGUAAAUUAGUGAAACAGGAGCAGGAGAAGAAGGUUGAGCACGAGAAGAAAGUUGAGUAGUGGCUUAUAUGUAAUG